AUGGGAAAUACGGAGAGUAAUGUGACCAGUGGCGUUAAGAAACAAGCUGGAGUCUCCACCCAGGCGUUGUAUAAAUUUGUUAAUCUCAAGGGUGGUGGCCUUUUGGUGGACAUGAUGAAGCGUGCCUGUCAAACCAAGCAAUUUGCCGAGAUAGAUCAUGCCAUUAAAACAAAGGUGGAGCCGUUCCUUUACAAUAGAGGCGAAGGCAGAUAUUUUCCCAUUUCGAAAAUGGUGUUGUUACGCAACAAAGAACGUUCCCGCACAAAGCAGUUGCCAGAGAUACGCGCCCUAGAGAAUCCCGACGAGGAGUUCAACAUUCACGACUAUUGUUCGGAGGUCUCGGAGGCGGAAUACAUCUCGAAUCCCACUGCUUAUAGAUUUGUGUGUUGGAAUUUGAAUGAAAGAGGUGCUGUGGGCGAAACCAUACUGCAUUUAUGCCUACUCAAUGCCUCCUCGCUACAUGCUGAUUUGGCCAAGCGGCUAUUGAAAUUCUAUCCCAAACUCAUCAUGGACAUAUACCUGAGUGAUGAGUAUUAUGGGGAGUCAGUGCUGCACAUAGCCAUUGUGAAUGAAGAUCCGGCUAUGGUCAAAUAUCUGCUGGAUGCCAAUGCGGAUGUACAAGAAAGAUGCUGCGGUGCCUUUAUGUCUGCCGAAGACCAGAAACCUUCCCGCUAUGACUCUCCCGAGCAUGAGUAUGUCGGCGUUCAUCCCAUGACAAACUAUGAUGGCUAUGUCUAUUGGGGCGAAUAUCCCUUGUCAUUUGCCGCCUGUCUAUCCCAAGAGGAAUGCUUUCGCUUGGUAUUGGCUCGAGGUGCCGACCCAGAUUUCCAGGACACCAAUGGCAACACUGUGUUGCACAUGCUGGUCAUUUAUGAGAAAAUCGACAUGUUUGAUGUGGCCUAUGAGGUGGGCACAAAUAUCCAUCUACGGAAUGUGCAAAAUCUCACCCCCCUGACCUUGGCUGCCAAAUUGGGAAGAGUGGAAAUGUUUUUCCAUAUCAUGAGCAUAGAAAGGGAGAUCUAUUGGCAGCUGGGAAGCAUAACCUGUGCCGCGUAUCCCCUAUUCAAAAUUGACACCAUAGAUGUGAAGACGGGCGACAUAAACAAGGAUUCCGCCUUAAAUUUUGUGGUAUUUGGAGACAAAUUGGAACAUUUGGAAUUGUUGGAUGGUGUGGUCAUAGAUCUGUUGAAAACCAAAUGGGACACAUUUGUAAAGUCCCGUUUCUACAAACAGUUCUACAUGUUCUCCUUUUACUUUUUGUUUUCGUUGGUCAGUUUCAUAUCGCGCCCGGGGCCCAAGGAACAGGAGCAGGAUGAAGAUGCUGAAGAUGCUGGUAAAGCCACCAGCAAGCCAAAUGUAACCAGCCAUGCUCGCAACAUAUUUGCUGGUCCCCCCACUGGCAUAGCCAAUAUUCACCCGUUGCCCUAUAAAACUUUUUGGUUGAACUUCAGUGAAUACAUAGACUAUGAUAGUGAUGCCGAACAUAUACCCUCAUGGUGGGCCAGCUAUGAGGAAUGUCCCCUAAUGAAUAUGGAAUCGAAUUUGGCCAAGAUACGUAUUGUGGCCGAAAUUGUGAUAUUUUUUGGUGCUAUUUUAUAUCUACUGGCCGCCCUAAGGGAGGCCCGCUUUUUGGGCUACAAAAUGUUUGUGGAAAAUUUGAUGACAGCACCCUCAAGAGUUAUGUUCUUGUUCUCCUGUUGCCUAAUGAUGACAAUACCCUGGCUAAGGCUAUCCUGUCUCACUGAGCUAGAUGAUCAUGUGGCCGUAAUGAUAAUGCUUACCACUGCCCCCUACUUCUUGUUCUUCUGCCGAGGCUUUAAAACGGUGGGUCCCUUCGUCGUGAUGAUAUAUCGCAUGGUCAUGGGUGAUUUGAUACGUUUCGUGUCCAUUUAUUUGGUCUUUGUCAUGGGCUUCUCGCAAGCCUACUACAUAAUAUUUCUAACAUUUGACAAUCCAGCUACCCCGGAGGAAAUCGAUGAUACGGGAGCCAAUCCCAUGCCUUCGCCCAUGGAGUCGGUGGUGGCCAUGUUUCUAAUGUCACUCACCAAUUUUGGUGACUACUAUGGUGCCAUGAGUUCCACGCAGCACGAAUAUGAGGCCAAAAUUCUCUUCUUCCUGUUUAUGGUGAUUGUGAGCGUGCUGUUGGUUAACAUGUUGAUUGCCAUGAUGGGCAACACUUAUCAGAAAAUUGCCGAAAUUCGCAAUGAAUGGCAAAGACAGUGGGCCCGCAUUGUUCUGGUAGUGGAACGUAGUGUUGCUCCCGCAGAGAGAUUGAAAAAUUUUAUGCAAUAUUCCCAGCCCAUGUCGGAUGGUAGAAGGGCCCUGGUAUUGCGUCUUAAUAUGAGUGAUGAGGACAAAGAGGAAAUGAAAGAGGUGCAGGAAAUGAAACGCAUACACGAAAGAUUUUCGAAAAAACGCCAAACCGAAAGAGAGGCGAGAGCUCGCAAGCGCCAGCAGGAAUAUGAAAAAUUCUUUGGAGCCACACCUGCCGAGGACAGUGAAAAUAAUAAUGUGUAACACUGGGCAUGCAACAAGUGCAUCAUGCAGCAGCAGCAAGGAGUGUUUAAAUCUUUUUAGUACAAUAAAACAAAGCUCAUUCUUUUCUGUUGGAAAUUUCAUUUUCAA